AUGCUGGCUUUCCCUUUCCCUCUUACUUACAAUGACAACUUUGAAGCAGUUUUCCUCACUGAGACAUUGUUCGGCUUUUUUCUGAGUCAUUGUGAACUUUGUCAGAUUAACCUGUGUAAGGCCUGUGUAGGGGAGCAUCUCUCUGAUUCAUCCCAAAGACAUAAUGUUGUACCCUACAAACACAGAACUUCUGCACCUAACUACCCAGACUGUCCAAACCAUUCCAAGAAAUAUUGUGAACUUUACUGCAAGAAAUGUGACAUUCCUGUCUGUUCUACCUGCAUCUCCUCUGAUAAGCAUCAUGGACAUAAAUUUACAGAUGUUCUGAAAAAACUAAGUUUUGAAAUAAAGGAUUUAGAAAAAGACUUGGAAGAACUAAAGAAAAGAAUCUAUCCUACAUACGCAGAAAUAAUUUUAGAUUUAAACUCUGAAAAAGUAAACCUUGAAAAACAUUACGAGAAACUGACAACAGCUGUCACCAAACAUGGAGAAGACUGGCACAGAGAAAUUAACAUCAUUGUCAACAAACGAAAAUCUGAAAUCGAUGAAUUGAAAACUAAACAUUUGGCUGUUCUCAAAAAGCAGGAAAAAGAAAUAAAACAGAUUACCUCUGUUGUGAAACAGGGUAUUCUUGAUCUGAGGAAAAUAUUGGACUCCAAUGAUGUCUCCCUAACCUCUGCUUACACAUCCAGGAACGCUGAAUUCAGAAGUGUACCUCCUAAAGUCAACGUUUCAUUGCCGAGUUUCUCUCCUAAUCAGAUCAACACAGAGCAGUUUCAUCAAAUGUUUGGUUCUCUGUCAGCAUUAGCCAUUACAACAGAAGAACAUGGCUACACAAUUAAGACAUCAGAAACCGUAUCCAGUCAACCAUUCAAAGUACUGCUUGAUAAACCAAAGCUCAUCACCACCAUAAACACUAUGUAUAACAUACUAUCUAGUGUCACCUGUCUCAGUGAUGAAGAAAUCUGGACAAGUGGAAAUGACAAAAUCAUGAACCUCUACAAUAUCCAGGGUAAACUACUGAAGUCAAUCCAAACCAAGUCAGGAAAUAUACCACAUGACAUAACAGUGACAAGGAGCGGAGAUCUUGUUUAUACUGAUCGUGAUACAAGGACUGUAAACAUAGUGAAGAAUAAAAAGGUACAAGAAGUGAUCAAACUACAGGGAUGGAAACCAUCCAAUAUCUGUAGUACCUCCUCUGGUGAUUUCCUGGUUACCAUGGACAGUGAUGAUGAACAAAUAAAAGUUGUCCAUUACUCUGGCUCCACAGAGAAACAAACCAUUCAGUUUGACAGUGAAGGUAAACCUCUGUAUUCAUCUGGUUACAUUAACAUCAGUGAGAACAGGAACCUAGAUAUCUGUGUGGCGGACCUUGCAGCCCAUGUAGUAGUGGUUGUUAAUCAGACAGGAAAACUCCGAUUUAGAUACACUGGUCAUCCCUCUACUAACCGGAUCAUUUAGACCAUACGGCAUCACAACAGACAGCCAGAGUCAGAUCCUGAUAUCAGACAGUAA